AUGAACAAACAAAAGAAAUCGAUGAGCCCGGCGAAUAAAUCUACCUCAUCCAACACUCCAUCCGUCAGUUCCCCCCGAUCUUGCACUGCCGACACUGGUAAAGAAAAUGUAUCUUUCAACUCUAAUUGCUUCACCCUAGUGCCACAUAAUCCGCCAAUUACUGAGAGUACUGACAUCGACGUCAUCGCACGGCUCACUUCGGAAAUAAAGCUAUUGCGUAAUGACUUAAACACACAGCUAACCAAGCUCUCUGAGACCGUCACAAAGUGCACGGAUAAACUAGCUCUGUUCGAAAACAGGCUAACAACGGCUGAAACUAAAAUUAAACUGCUGGAAGAGCAGAAACUUGUUAAUCACUUUCUUCAACAGAGAGUCAGUGAGCUUGAAGAGCAACUCAACAACCAGGAGCAAAUUUCUACCCAAAACGAGAUCGAGAUUAUGGGUGUCAAUGAAUCACCCCAAGAAAAUCCGGUGCAUCUAGCGUUAUGUGUUGCAGCAAAGAUUGGAUUAGCUCUGAAAGAAGAGGACGUAGAUUCCGUGACCAGAGUUGGCUUCCGCCGUAAACCCAACGACUCACACGAUUCGGGCAAUACCAGACCUCGGCCUCUGGUAGUUCGCCUGCUACGACGUACCAAACGCAACGCAUUUCUACAAGCUGGCAAAUCUAGACACAACAUAACGUCCGCUGACAUCCAGGUAGCUGGUCCUCCACAAAAGCUUUUCUUCAAUGAAAGGCUUACAAAGUCUAACCGGCUGUUAUUUCGUGCCGCCCGUACCCGAUCUAGACAAUCCGGGUACAAAUUCUGCUGGACCAAACACGGUUCCAUAUUUAUUAGAAAGCAAGAAGGCAAUGCUGCGAUCCGGAUUCGUCGCGUCGCAGACCUUGACCGAUGUUUUGGUUGCCACACGAGCUCCGCUGCCGAGAAGUCCCAGGAUGUCUCCUGGUCAGAAGCAGAAAAUAUGCAGCUUGAAUAUCCCUGA